AUGAUUUCUCUUAUUCUCCUGCAGCUAGUCCUGACUAUCAGCUACACCGUCUCGAGUCCCAUCCUGAGACGGGCUCUUUCCCAGAACGACAUCAUCGGCUUGCAACUCGCGAGCUACCUCGGGAACAUGGAGCUACGUCUGUACACGGAUGGCUGUGAGCGUAUCAAUGAAGCGCAAUGGCUUGCCGCUGGUUUCCCAUCCACCUUCCAGCAGGACAUCUGUGCUAUUGCAGAAGUGAGUUUACAUCUACAGUGUGUUGCUUCAUGCCUGACAUGGCACUCUAGCNAACAACAGAACCAGACAGACUACCUCUCGUCGACACUCGAAUCCAAUGGCAUCUCUACUCCUCAACCAUGCAACUAUGCCCUCUCAUACGACACCCCCGAGGACUUCGUUCUUCUCGCAAACCAGAUCACCACCAUCAGUCUCGGGUACUAUCUAGGAAGCCUUGACAACUUUUCUACAGAGCUUCAAACGGUGGCUGCUCAAGUCUUGUCAAGUGAAGCACGUCACGAUGCCAUUGUCAGGAACGGAAUGGGAGCAACUCCAUUUCCCAACACUGAUGUGCCCUUGAGCUCGGUCUGGGCAUUCAACCUGGCACAAAAGUACAUUACCUCCUGCCCUCAGCAAUUACCCAUUGAUCUUCUCCCACCGCUUACCUUCAACGGAAUGUCGGGCCACACUCUCGAUUUCAACUGGAGUCCCGAUUCCAACAACUUCUCGACACAUGCAGGAAACCCCGGUCAAGAUCUCUACCUCGCCAUCGUUCAUGCCAAUGUCAGUGAUCCGAUAUACCAGCAAGUGCAAACGACAGGACAAGGCCAUGGCACAGCGGAACUACCCGAGGGACUUGGUGGAGCCGUGUAUGCUGCACUCACUGCUUCCCAUGGGGAUUUGACCUACCACGAACUUACAACAACUGGCACUUUGGCAGGACCGGCGCAGCUUGUUCUCUCAUGA